AUGACAGCACCUGUAAUACCUCCUAGUGCUCUUAAAUAUGGGGAGACUGAUUUGCAGGUUGGUUAUGAUAAACAAGGGCUUCCAAUAGGAUUGCAACUAAUUGGCCGUCCAUGGGGUGAAGCAACAAUUUUGCGUUUAGCUGCUGCAGUAGAGGAACUAUGCACAAAAUCUAAGAAGCAACCUGCAUCGUUUUAUGAUGUGUUGAAGGCGAGAUAA